CAAGCUAGGGGAGCCCAGGUGAGAGCUGGAGCCAGGGGGGGACCCGCGCAAGCAGGGACAGCCGCAAGGCGAGGAUGCAAGCCUUCCCCAGCGACAGCUUUGGGAAAGGAUACCAGGGCGCUCCUGUAUGGGGACACGGGUACUGGGGAACAGACCUGCUCCCAGGCUGGGGCUGGAGUGGGAGGCUGUGCAGGGUCACGGGCUUUUUCCUGCUGAUGGGCGCUUUCUAAGAGUGGGUGUUGGAGGAGAACCGUGAUGAAGGACAUCGAGGACAGCCUUUGGUUCUGCUUUCCACCCAGAGGUCCCCAAGCUCAGAUCGCCUUAGUGGUGAGAAUAGAGGGAGGAGGUGGGUGGCAGGCUGGAGGGAGUCUCCGCCGGGUGACCUCGUGGCUGGCUGGGUGCGGGGCACCGCAGACCCAGGACGGAGCUAUUGGCACCAUGAACCCAGUCAUCAGCAUCACUCUCCUGCUUUCAGUCUUGCAGAUGUCCCGAGGACAGAGGGUGAUCAGCCUGACAGCCUGCCUGGUGAACCAGAACCUUCGACUGGACUGCCGUCAUGAGAAUAACACCAACUUGCCCAUCCAGCAUGAGUUCAGCCUGACCCGAGAGAAGAAGAAGCACGUGCUGUCAGGCACCCUGGGGGUUCCCGAGCACACUUACCGCUCCCGCGUCAACCUUUUCAGUGACCGCUUUAUCAAGGUCCUUACUCUAGCCAACUUCACCACCAAGGAUGAGGGCGACUACAUGUGUGAACUUCGAGUCUCGGGCCAGAAUCCCACAAGCUCCAAUAAAACUAUCAAUGUGAUCAGAGACAAGCUGGUCAAGUGUGGUGGCAUAAGCCUGCUGGUUCAAAACACUUCCUGGCUGCUGCUGCUCCUGCUUUCCCUCUCCUUCCUCCAAGCCACGGACUUCAUUUCUCUGUGACUGGUUGGGCCCAAGGAGAAACAGGAAACCUCAAGGUCUGCUGAAGAGGUCUUGCUUCUCCCGGUCAGCUGACUCCCUCCCCAAGACCUUCAAAUAUCUCAAAACGCGGGGAGAAAUGGGGACCCUGUCCCUCCUAGGGAACCCCAGUGCUGCAUGCCAUCACCCCCACCCUCACCCCCGCCACUUCACCCUCAGUGCACACCACGAGCUGCCAUUUUGUACUCUGUAUUCCGGGGCUGCUUCUGAUUAGUUUGUCCUGGAGACCCGAUGGAACACCAGGGUGUAUGAUGGGCAGUGAAGAGGCAGGAUAUCACCCCCCCGGGUGAGUUCCUCUUUGCCUUCUAAGCCAGAUGCCUGAAAGAGAUAUGGAUGAGGGAAGUUGGACUGUGUCUGUGCCUGGUAUAGUGAUACUCUGUUGAAAGUAUCGCCCAGUAGGCAGGGAGGGGGAGGGGCCUCAAGAUAGGAGAGCGCUGCUGAGCCUUUGUGGACCAAACAAUAAGGAUGAGAACUUAGAUUGUACCAGGUCAUUCUCAGCCCCCUUCUAUCACCGAAGAAGGGCCAGGGCACACUCAAUAAAGAUGCAGGUCCAGCCAGGGAAUGUUGGGGAAAGGGGUAGGAGGUCAGGGACAGAUCACCCCCCCCCUCUAAAACAUGAUCCUGCUGUUUCCAAAGGCCACACUGCCUACAGUGAGGGUAGCAGACCAGUCCCCCUUCUCUGCCUCCAAGGAGCCAGAACUCUGACUCCAGGAUCUAAAUCAGUGCAGGAAAGGGGGGUCCAAGAACCAACCAGUUGGACCCAACUUGCUAAUGGAGAUUUUUUGUUCUUUCCCUUGCCCCUCUCUGCCAGCCCCUCUUGCUGUCCCUGAUUCCCCAGACAACCAGAGUCUUGCAACCUGCCCCUUACAGGACCUCCUAGUCUCAGGGGCAGGUCUAGUGUGCACACUUUUUGGAAGAUAGUUUUUCCAAGCAUCUUCUUCCCCACGGGCAGCUCUACCUCUCCCAUCACCAUGUGUAAUACCACCACAGCUUACGGCACCUCACCAAGGAAGAGAACUGCACAAUAAAACAAAGCCUCUGGA